AUGGGUUCAGGCAGUAAGAUUAAGUUCGCUAUCUGUGAGCUUCUGCAGUUCGCAGGCUUUUCUGUUCCACUUUUAAUUGUAAUGCAGCGUUUUGCUGUCAUUGUAGCCCGAGCGAAGAGCAAAUCGCAAGCCUCUAAUGGGAAUUCAACAACAGCUUAUUGGCUGGUCGUGGCUUCAUCUGUGGCCUACGUGACGUCAGUGGCGAUGCUGAUCUGGUUGCCUAUGAAGUAUAUGGUCUUUAUGAAGAAGAAAGCCCUGGUUGCUCAGAAGACGUGGAGACCUGUUGCUUUGGCUUAUGUGCUUCUCUCAACGCUGCCCUGUUUUGCUUUCCUCAUUGCCAGUUCUGAGGUGCAGAUUAGAAAUGAUCUGAGGUUGGACACAUUUGCUGAAUUGCCCGUGUCACUUGUUCUUUUCUCACUGAUUUGCAUUGAUAUCGUGGAAAGAAUUCGUCAUUCCAGACUUACUGGUCGAGCUAAUGAAGCGUCUCGUGAUGCAGAGAUACCAUCUACAGUGACACAUGUUGGUAGAGUUUCAUCUCUAGUCAAUCCUACGAGCGGUCCGUCACCUGCAGCUAACAUCGGUGCAGAUCAUGGAGCGCUGACAGCCAAUGGGAUCAUGCGAGGACUGCCUGGCAGCACAAAUGUUACAGGCUUAUCGGGCAACGGGGUGGUCCCGGGUCACACAGCGCUUUCAUUUCUAUCCAAUAACGGAACACAUUCGGAUCCGACUGGUUUUGGAUCAACUGCGGGGCUCCAUGCCAACACGACACUAUCAGGGUUGCCAGGCAACGGUGGCAUCCAAAGACUUCAAGGCAACCAAAGGCAGCCAUAUGUCAUUCCAGAAGUUUGUCCACAAACCGGCAUACCCUUUCAAAACUUUACAUAUGUCCCUCCGUCAUCCGGACCUCUAAGCUUCCUGCUGGCAAGCGAUGCCCGUGCUGAGGUUUUCGCUGACAGUUUCCUGUUUUGGUUGGACACGGUAGAAAUGGUUCGAGUGACAGGUCACACCCCUGUGUAUUAUUCAGGCUGGGCAUUUCCGGUUUACCUCUUUUGCUACUUAUCCACAAUGCGAUUGGUCCUAACACCUCACAGUCCCCUCCUCUCACCUUUGGGUGUGGUUUUUCAGGAUCUUCCGUUCCUUAUCUUGAGAGUGGCAUUGAUUGCUAUGUUUGGUUUUGUUACUCCGCUGUUGUAUGUGAUGAAGAAUCUGCUGGUCUGCCUGGCCUACAUCUACUUCAACUUCAUGACAAAACUGAAAGUGUUCAACACUGUGAGAAUGCUCUGAUGGAAAUGCUAAGAGAAAUAACAGAGGCCUUUUAUUGAACAUGAAGAAGAAAACUGUCAAAAUAUAUAGAAACUUGCAGCAGACGACUUGGGAUCAACGUUGAUCAGGCACGGAGUCGUCUGCUGUCUGGGUUAUUGCACUUGAGUGAUUGUUAUUGUCAUCUAAACGUAAUGAAUGUACUGUUUAUUUACACCUAACACCU